AUGAGUUUUUACGAUUACAAUAAAUCAAUUAAUGCCCCUCCCCCACAGCCACAGCAAUUUGUUAUCUCCUCACAAUCCACACCUAUUCAGCCAUCAUAUAUGCCUCUUCAACCUUAUCAAAUGAAUCAUGAUCAGGCAAUAUUACAACGCAUUCAAGAAUUAGAAGCCGAAAACAAAGAUUUAGCAGAAAAGUGUGCAGCACAGAAACUUAGAAUACAAAUUUUGGAACAGAAAAUGUUUGAUUUUUAUACGAAGUAUCAACAACUUCCAAAUGUUCAAAAUACCAUGAAUUAA